ACAUGAGCAAAGAGGGGGUGUGUGUUUCCUCCUUUUUGCUGCCUUUAUACCAAAAAAUGUUCGUCUAGAAAGUCAGAGAUUAACCGCUCUGUGACUGGACAGUAUAAGAGUUUCAUGGUUCAUUAUUACCAGAUCUUUACUGUACACACACGUUGACCAUAUUGGACCCAGGAUGGCUUUCUCUACUGGCUUUGGACUGACUUGCAUGUGUUUCAUCAUGCUGCUUUUUCUCCCUGGACAAGGGCAACGUCAGUGUACCACGGGUAAGCUCCCGAGCGUGGGAGACAUCCCGUUACGCUGCUGUACCACAACCUCAAAUGCCGCCAUCGGGGAGACUGUCGACACCUGCUAUGUGCAGAAGAAAGACCUCUUGCCUUGUAAAGUAUAUGCUUACAUCUUUGUCACCAAGAGUAACAAGAAAUACUGUGUGGACCCUAAAGCCAGCUGGCUCACAACAAGACUUGAGAAGUUAAAAAAAAGGAAUAAUUUGCAAAGACCUUGUGUAAAGCCUUCAUCAACCAAAAUGAAGAUGAUGCAUCAUGACCUUCUGAGCAGAAUGCUGGCGCUAAUUUCUGUUAAAGUUUUCUACUAACUAAGAUAAAAUGUUUUAUUUCCUCUAUUUCGAAAUACAUAUUUUACUAAUGGCUUUGCAGAAACCAUGACAUCUUAUAAACUAAUAAAGCAAGCAUUGAAAAACA